UACAGACACACAGAUCGCGAUAUCUGCGACACCAAAAGUCACCUUGACCAAGUACUCUUGCACUCUAGGGCUCGCAUCGCAUACUUCUCUAGGUGUGCAGCGCAUCACUAUCGAAGCACAUUCAGCCCAGACCUGUACUCAGUUCACGCGCCAUCGCGCUUUCAGGCAGAUCAAUUUGCGUCACGCGAUCAGGUGCCUAACAUAUGGAUGCCUUGUAUGCCGCGCCCAGGGGAUGCAGCUCACAGGACGAAUUUGGUCAGUUUGUAUCGCCCAUCAUUGAGCGAUUGACUGGCGAGUGCGUUUAUGGCUCGCAAGCUGCCUUCAGCUGGACACUCGGGUACCUGUCGCUGCUAUUCUGGAUACAGGCGCAGUUUCCACAACUAGUCCUCAACUUCCAAAGACAAUCAGCAAGCGCGUUAUCGCCCACAUUCUUGGCUGUUUGGAUGAUUGGCGAUGUUGCGAAUCUGAUUGGAUGCAUCUUGACACAUCAGCUGCCUUUUCAGACGCUCCUUGCAUCCUACUACUGCUUCAUUGAUGGGUUUCUUGUGCUUCAGUACAUCAUGUACAGCAUCUGGCAGCCGGAUGUCGCAGUGCUAGAUGGCAUCGUGACAGAUGAGCACUCACCGCCUCCGCGGAAGUGGUAUCGCUCAGCGCCAAACAACAUGGUCGUUGUUGCUGCUCUCGUCUCUAGUGUGGAUGCAGCUACAGGCUCCGGUGGCAUCUCAGCAGGCCUGCAAUUUGGCCAAGCUGCAGCUUGGCUCUCCUCCAUCCUCUACUUCCUCAGCCGUAUCCCACAGAUCCGUGCCAACUACAAGCGAAGUAGCACAGAGGGCCUUUCGGCUUACCUCUUCCUUGCUGCCUUUUGCGGCAACUUGUGCUAUUCCCUCAGCGUCCUCACAUCGCCACAUGCAACCACGUCGCCUUCCAACACAGCAGAGGAAGCUCGAGCGUUUCUCCUUGGCGCACUGCCAUUCCUCAUUGGAUCGGGCGGUACGCUGAUGUUUGACUUGGUGAUUGUUGUUCAAGCGCUCGUCUACAGACCGCGUCAAUCAUGGCGAGACUGGCGUUUGGAAAUGGCAACAGAGCAUAUGACGGCGUCCUUCACGGGAUCCAUGACUGCGCGCAGUGUGCAAACGGCAUUCAGCAGUGGACGUGGAAGAGCCCGCACAAAGUCAUUUGGUCAAGAGGACAUGGCGGACACGGAAGAAUCGAGAUUGUUGUACGCGCCUACCUCGUACGGUACUUGAUUCCUACACCGGCCCACUCUUACGAUUGUACUGCGAUAGCAUUUUAUGAGCAUAGUCACGCAAGCGUUUU